AUGGCAACAAAUGCAACAACACCAUUACGGGAAAACCUGAUUGUGAAUCGCAUCAACGACGAUAACUUUAAAUCAUGUACUUGUAAAAUCUGCAAUCGUCAAGCUGAAGAGUCUGACCGACAUUCAAAUAAAUUAUAUCCUUGUGGUCGUUUAGUUCGUCGUCAUAGUUUCAAUGGGAAAAUUGUACAAGAAGGAGGAAACCCUCCCGAUGAAUAUGAUAUUUCAGCUCAUUCUGCUAAAGUUCCUGUUACUGGGUUUGGAAGACUAAAAUCUAAUGGUUGCAAAUUUCUUCGAAUAGAUACUCGAACAAAAGAAGAAGUCAUCUACGAAUUACUUGUUGAUGAUUGUGGAGGAAAAGAAUUCAAGCCAUCUCUAAUUUUAAGUAUUUAUGGUGGUGCAAAAUACUUUACAAUGACAGAAAAACUUGAGAAAGAAAUUGUACAAGGCAUAAUUGAUGCGGCUACUUCAGCCAGUAAUCAAUAUAAUUGA